UCAUAGUCAAUUCCCUCUCGACAAUAGGAAACACCUCAACCGCACAGCUGCAAAUAAAGAGCUGAGUCAUUGCAGAUACGCCCCCAUUUUCGCAUACUUACCUUUCAUCGGUAGAACUCUCUGCGCUCGGGUCUGCACAAUCCACGCACUCAGCUACAGACGCCAUCGCAUCUACAGCUUUUUCCGUUCUCAACUGACACUUGCAGGCGAUGGGUAUAUAGCCCAGCUGUCGUCUGUGCAGCAGAUCCUUACAGGUGCGCACUACUUAGAACAUGUGUCGGUGUUGUCGUGGCAACUUCCGCCUGGAACCUGACCGCGCCCGGAUAAACCCAGACUUUAUUAACUCCACCCCAUUCUGGCACUGGACGGAGCCAUUCUGGCGGCUCUUUCUCUCUCUGCUGCCUAUAACGGACCAGACCAGACUUCUGCCUCGCGAAUGCCAAAUGGCUGAAGCCCCGACAAUAAACGAGACGUUAACACCGGACGAUGCGGGGAUGAUGGUGGAGGAACUGCUGGAGGCACAGAACCACACCCUCACCCUGGGUCGGGUGCUGAACGUCACUUCUCGCGACGUGAAGGCCAUUCAGGCGACGUACCAGCAGCCAAAGGAGAGGCUAUUCCACAUUGUCAUCGCUUUCUUGCGCCAAGAAACGCUCACUACUAGCUAGCUCAAACUU